AUGGAUGGUAAUGUUCCUGAAGAAGCCACACAGUCAACAAAUGUGGAAAUAUCUGAAGAAGAUAUUUUAGUUGCUGCUCCUAAUGUUGGUGUGGAAUUAAAUAGUGAACCUUGUAAGGGGAUGGAAUUCAAAUAUGUGGAAAAGGUUAGAGAAUUUUAUAAUUCAUUUGCAAAAAGGAUGGGUUUUGGAGUACGUGUUCGCUCAACUAAACCAAAGAGAGCUGUCUUUGUAUGUUGUAAUGAAGGUCAUCAUAUAGUGAAAAGUUCAACAAACAAAGAAAUCCAAGAUGGCACAAAUCAAACUAAAAGAAAGUGUUCUACUUCUCGAACUGGUUGUCUAGCCACACUUGUUGUUAAAAGAGGUACAUUAGAAGGAAAUUGGAUUAUAUGUUCAUUUAAGAAUGAUCAUAACCAUCCCAUGGUUAGCCCUAAAAGUGUGUCUUAUAUGCGGUGUCAUAAAAGCAUGAAUGGUGCUGCAAAAAGUCUUGUUGAACAUUUUAAGGAAGAAGGUAUACCGACAGGAAAGGUUGCUACAAUGUUCAGUGAAGGGGACUUGGCUUUCUCUAAUAGGGAUUGUUGGAAUCAUGUUAGAAGUCUUCGAAGAAAAAAUUUAGACGUUGGAGAUGCUCAAGCUGUUUUUAAUUAUUGUAAACAGAAACAGGUAGAAAAUUCAAACUUUUUCUAUGAAAUCCAAUGUGAUGAAGAUUCUCGGAUGAUAAACUUUUUUUGGGUUGAUGCUAGAUCAAAAUUAGCUUACCAACAAUUUGGAGAUGUAAUAUCUUUUGACACCACAUAUAAGACUAACAAGUAUAGUAUGCCAUUUGCCCCGUUUGUUGGAUUGAAUAAUCAUUAUCAAUCAAUUUUAUUUGGUUGUGCUUUACUACAAGAUGAGUCAGAACGCUCGUUUAUAUGGUUGUUUGAAACUUUUCUUAAGGCAAUGGAUGGUAAAAAGCCCAAAUCUGUCAUAACUGACCAGGAUUUGGCUAUGAAAGGUGCUUUAGCCAAUGUUUUUCCAGAAACUAGACAUCGCCUCUGCUUAUGGCAUAUUAGGAAAAAAUUUGCUGAAAAGUUAGCUCAUGUUUAUCAUAAAAAUUCCACUUUGAAGCGAGAAUUGAAAAAAUGCAUUCAUGUUUCACCAAGUAUAGAAAGUUUUGAAGAAGACUGGAGCCGAUUAAUGAUUGAGUACGGACUAGACAACAAUGAAUGGCUUCAAGGGUUAUAUAAAAUUAGAGAAUCUUGGAUACCAGUUUAUAAUAGAAGCUGUUUUUUUGCUGGGAUGAAUACAAGUCAAAGAAGUGAGAGCAUCAAUGCGUUUUUUGAUUCUUUUGUGAAUGCAUCUACAACAUUGCAAGAAUUUGUGUUGAAAUUUGAAAAGGCGGUUGAUAGCCGCUUAGAAGUAGAAAAAAGAGAGGAUUAUGAAAGUAGGCAUAAAAAACGCAUUUUGGCUACAGGGUCAAAACUUGAGGAGCAUGCUGCGUCUAUUUAUUCGAGAAACAUUUUUGGUAAAUUUCAAGAUGAGAUCAGGAAGAUCUACAAAUUUAAAAAAAAGAAGAUUAGCAAAGAUGGACAUAACUAUGUCUAUCAAGUUUCCAGUAACUACAAUGCUCGAGAUAUGUUUUUCGUUGAUAUGAAUUUGGACGCACAGAUUGCAAAAUGUGGAUGUCAAUUAUAUGAGUUUUUGGGGAUAUUGUGCAGGCAUAUACUAGUAAUUUUUCAAGAAAAAGGUAUCACUCAAAUUCCUGACCAUUUUAUUUUGCAGCGUUGGACUAAAAAUGCUAACAGAAGCAUUGAAGUUUGUGAUACGACGAGUAAUUUUGAUGGUCAAAAUAGCACACCAAAGAUAUUAAGAAGGAUGCAUGCUCAACAAGAAGCAAAGGUAUUACUUGAUUUGGCUGAAGAGUCUGAUGAGAUAUACAAAUUCAUUAUAUCUGAUUUGAGGCGCACUCGUAUGUCAGCCAUUGCAAUGAAGAAAUCAAAUUUAGGUAUCAGUGAUGGAGUUUCUCCUUUGGAAUCUAGCCAAAAUGUCAACCAAAAUUGCUUGUCGAAGGAAGAAAGUGAACCAGAAUUGACUAUUAGAAAUCCACGCAAUGCACAAACAAAAGGGAGAAAGAAGGAUGGACAGAAAAACACUCAAAAUUGUAGAUUCAAGAGUGGAAUUGAACUGUCACAUGCUCAACAAGUAGCAGUAAAAAGAAAAGCAUGUCAUGAGUGUGGUGAAUCUGGUCACAACAGCAGAACUUGCAAGAAAAGAAAUCAAAAUGAUUAA